AUGGACAUCAGAGCUGGUGGAAAGAAGACGUGAUUUUUGACUGCAGUCUUGGCUCUUGCUCCACGCCAACUGUGAGAGUGCAACAGUGAGAAAUCUAGCAGGACUUCCAGAUCAGUAAGCGAGAAAGUCUGGAGCGGCAGCAUGGGCGCACUGAUGGUCAUCUUCUCCCUGCAGACCAAACAAAGACGCAAGCCCACAGACAGUGUCGAGGAUGAACUUGAACUGUCUACGGUCCGCCAUCGUCCCGAGGGCCUGGAGCAGCUUGAGGCUCAGACACGAUUCUCCCGCAAAGAGCUGCAGAUCCUCUAUCGCGGCUUCAAGAACGAAUGUCCCAGUGGAGUGGUCAAUGAGGAGACUUUUAAAGACAUCUACGCACAGUUCUUCCCACAAGGAGAUGCGUCAACAUAUGCACACUUCCUGUUCAACGCAUUCGACACAGACCACAAUGGAUCUGUGAGUUUCGAGGAUUUCGUCAUGGGCCUCUCUAUUCUUCUGAGGGGCACUGUGCAGGAGAAACUGAACUGGGCCUUCAACCUGUACGAUAUCAAUAAAGACGGAUACAUCACUAAAGAGGAGAUGCUGGACAUAAUGAAGGCCAUCUACGACAUGAUGGGCAAGUGCACGUACCCCGUCCUCAAAGAAGAGACGCCUCGCCAGCACGUAGAGGUUUUCUUUCAGAAGAUGGAUAAGAACAAAGAUGGAGUGGUAACCAUAGAUGAAUUUAUUGACUGCUGCCAAAAUGAUGAGAAUAUCAUGCGAUCGAUGCACCUGUUUGAGAAUGUUCUUUAACUUUUGGCUGAGUUUUGGAGGCCGUGGAGGAUCAGGAGGACUUCAUCUUCAGCUUGGCCCAGAGACAGACUUGGACUCAAACUGUGUACAGUGUGCUAUGCAGACUUUUGACCAUGAAAAUACCAUUAACGCUCAUUACAGUGGGCCACAGGUAGGAGUAGGCAAUACAAACGGGACCACUCUGGAGUUAAGGGCCAAACAUGUGGCAGUGAAAAGAAGAGCCUAAACACACCCAACUGAUAAUGAAAAAACUACAUCAGUGUCGUUGGUCUCUUGUGUGUUUGUCUUUGUUUGUUUCCAGCUUUACAGCGCGAUUAAAGACUUCCAUCUGCCUCUGCUUUAAUUUACUACCAAGCUCUGGUGGCUAUAGUACUUAUAGUAUAGUAAAGUUUUGAUUACUCUUCUCUCUCAAAGCGCUAAAAGCUUUCCGUUGACAAUUAUUAAUGAUUGGAACAUUAGUAUUUCUUAGCACCGCUCAUUUGAAAAUUAAAGAUUUAAUUCAAAAUAUAAAUCAGAUGUUAAAUAGAUACUUAAACGUACUCAUUUAGUAGUAGCGUCUGCAGAUAUGUUUACGCUAACUCGAGUCAUUUCUUGGACUAGAACGCUGUACUUGACGAGUAAUAUUUUCUAAAGUAACUGUACUCUUACUCCACCUCUGCUUUUACAUGAAAUCACUGUGAAUUUUUACUACAUUCGAAUCCUAAAUACAAAAGCGUCUCCCUGUUGUACACGUUCCCGUCUGGUCUAAACUGGCUCUCAACUCCAGAGUACUCCUCACCUUUUCUCAUUGUGGUCGGUGUUUUCUCUUAAAAGAAUUUAGAAACCAUUUUAAAAUUGUAUAUACUAUAGAUAAUAGAUAAGAAAUAUAUGAGAGAACGUUUCAACUUUGUCCUUGUUUACUUGCCAACCAUGUCAAGACAAUACAAAGAUUGUAUUGAUGUCAAAUCGGACCAUAGCGUUGGUUUGUCUACAGAAGCACACACACAUGUAACUUUGUGAGUAUCAUGUUGGACAACCAUGUCUUUGUCAGAAGAAAUGCUUUUAGUGUUUUUCAGUUCAUUUUGUAUGUCUGUGUAUCUCUCCAUUCCAGGUACACAACAAACCCAAAUCCAAAAAAAGUGAGAAGUCCAGCAGCACUUUACCGGUUCCUGCUGUCUGCAAUUAAACCAUUGAUUGACCUCAAUGUGAGCAAACACAAGGCAUGCUGGGUAAAAAGCCCCUCUUACGGACAUCCCCUCGCUCAUUGGACCAGAUUGGAUUACAGAGAUCAAGGGGAGGGCACGUUGCAAAUGCUUUAUUUUGUUAGAAGAACAUUUCAUAAUUAAAUUACCUUAUUAUAGGAAGGCAUUUGAUAAGUACUCGGACGAAUUUUACCAUCAAAUUUUCUACACCGGAUUGUAGCUUGAAGAUGCAUGUUGACCCGAUACGUGAAAGACAUGGCAGAAUUUUGCUAAUUUAUUAUUUUUUUGAUCAUGUUAUAAAAUGUAAUGUAUCUAUUUCCAAAAAGAGAAAUAUCAAAUGUG